AAUUCUAUCUCCAUUUUUGCUUUUGUGGUCAAAGGAAUAAGUGUUUCCAGAUAGCUGCUCCCAACUGGUUUGCUGUAGGUUUUUUGAAAGAAAUGGACUGGGUACUCCAAAAAUCCACUGUUUUGAUGCUUGAAAAUAGUUUUUCUUCUUUUGGAUUUCAUUUCAUUUCAUUCAUUGGAUUUAUCCGUCUUCUUUCUGAAGAACUGAUUAAGCUCACGCUCCAGGAUCUGAAGAGUGGGCCUGCUUCAAGUUGGACAGGAACUUGCAGCAAUCUCAGAUUUGUGAGACAUUGUCCUGUGCACAUCCCAAAUCUGAACUCCGAAUGUUUUCCUUGGAAGGAUUUUUUUUGGGGGGUGUAGCUGUACCCCAGAACCAUAUUUAAUUAGCCUACCAUGCCUCUUCAACAGCUUUGACAUAUUUGAAAGUCUUCUUAAUCUACUUAAAGGAUAGAUUUACUUCAUCACUCAUUCAAGUCCAUCAACUUAGAAAAAAACCUGCAGCCUCUCAAAUGCAAAACUUAGACAAGAACAUAAUUGGUAUUUUUAGAUGGUUCACUCCAACGUUUUUGCAUUUGUCUUCAAUGGCAGAGAAGAAGAACUUGCAAAUUGGAUCAACUUGAGCAGCCAAGCAAAUCGAGCCGAUAAUGCAGGCAAUCCUUGAUGCUUUUCCUGAUACCCGAGUGCUGACAUCGGCCGCCUAUAAUCAGCAGUGCAAAACAUAGACUGCUGCUACUCUGGCUAGCAAUGAGCUUGGUUUCGCUGGCUGGUCCUGUUGUAGAUUCCUUUGAGCUCUCCAGUUCGGCCAAUGGGAAUUCGGGCAAGAGGGAAACCAUGAAGUCCGAGGGGACAAAAGAGUCUCGCAGUGAUCCAGAAGAGGGAGGAGAUGAAGAUCACUCGAAUGGGGAAGUCAACCCUCUCAAAGAGGCCAAUGAGCUGAAUGGGACCUAUGAAAACACGGACACAAAGAGAACUGAACAGAGCCUUUCUGCAGGGUCACCAGCCCGAUCCUCAACCGCGGAGAACGGACUGUCUGAGACUGAGCCGCCCCAUGGCUCUACAGUGGGCAGUAAUGGAUAUAUUCUAAGCAAACAACAGGAAGACACAGUGUCAGCCCCACAUAGGACUAACUGGUCCCCUGUAUGGGGUUCCACAUUGGGGCAUGGGACUAAAAGCUCGCCAACUUCAGCUUCUACAUUGCGACCCCCUGACCAGUGUUCUUCAAACAGUGCUGCAAGCCCAGGACCGAGUCCAAUAGAGAGACAAGCGGAUACAGAGACUAAAAAUGGCAUAGUAUCAAAUACACCUCCUCCAACGAUACAUCGCGCACGCAAAACUAUGUCAAGGCCGGCCUCAAACCAGACACUAAAGCUUUUGAAUAGGGAAAAUAAGGAGCCAGUCGUGGUGAAAGAUGACAGUCUGGGCAAACCAGAGACAGUGCAGCCUCAGUCAUCUCCAAUCCAGAAUCAGCUACCUCAAAGCCAAACUGACGCCACAUCUGUACUGAACACCACACCAGCCAAGCCACAAACAGUUGAACCCAGACCUGUCUCUCCCUCAGUAGCAGCCAUGUCAAGGAAGAAGAAAAGAAAGAUGGGAACUUAUAGUCUUGUGCCCAAGAAGAAAAAUAAAGUCUUAAAACAACGCACAGUUCUGGAGAUGUUUCAGCGUAUGUCCCAGUCUCCACCCAACCCUCAGUUGUCAAAGGAAUCAGUUCAUGUGAAUGGUGAGAAUGAGUCUGAUGAAGAAGAGUCAGAGGAAGGAGAAGACACAGACGAGGAUCAGGAGCUGGUCAGAGAGGGUGGAGCCAAAGCCUCUCUGGAGGGACCCAAGUUAGCUUCAGUUUCUCAGCCUCUUGAAGAAGAACAUGAGUCUGAGGAGUCACCGGAGGGCGAAGGUGAAGAGGAAGGGGAUGAAUCAGACUUGAGUUCAGAGUCCAGUUUGAAAAAGAAAUGGAAAAAGAAAGUCAAGGGGGACCACGCCUGGCUCCGACCAUCAAGGAAACGCAAGAGGAAAUCGAAAGCGAAAACUCUUUCAGGAAUGGAGUCCCAGUCUCAAUCUGAGAGCCAGGGAUCACUAUCAGCCCCUUCUGACAACAGGACAGAGUAUAAAGAAGUCCCACUCGACUCCCUCAACCUAGCGGCACAGGAAGCCUUACUGUCAUCUAAGAGUACAGCUGUUUCAGGGUCAGUGAAGAGCACAGACGCCGACAUGGUGCAGGAACUGCCCCUUUGCAGCUGUCGAAUGGAGAUGCCCAAGAGCCGAGAGAUUCUGACGCUUGCGGACAGGAAGUGUAUGGCGACUGAGAGCAUUGACGGUCAGCUGAGCCGUUGUCAGAGUGCAGUGCUGAAGCACGAGAUGAUGAGGCCUUCAAACUCUGUCCAACUGCUGGUUCUGUGUGAGGACCAUCGCACGGGCAUGGUCAAACAUCAGUGCUGCCCAGGCUGUGGCUUCUUUUGCAGAGCCGGUGUCUUCAUGGAGUGUCAGCCAGAGGUGAACAUCUCCCACCGGUUUCAUCGAGCCUGUGCCUCGGUGCUCAACGGUCAGAGCUUUUGUCCACACUGCGGAGAGGAGGUCAGCAAGGCGAAAGAGGUCACCAUUGCCAAGGCUGAUACAACGUCUACCGUCCCUCUCAUCCAUGGCCCCUGCACGCCCAGCACCUCAGAGGGUAAAGCGGACACCACCACUGGAGGGUCCACUCGGCUCUCUGUUCUUGGAGAGGGCAAAGCAGAUAGCACCUUAUCCAGACCUACACAGUCACAGGACACAUCUGUGUCCCCUUUGGGCUCGAAAACCGGGCCUGUUGGAGCUGGAUUUGGAACCGUACUUCAACCGGGACCAACUAAAGAAACUCUAGAAAGUGUCCUGCUGGCUCUAGAUGCAGAGAAACCCAAAAAGCUUCGAUUUCACCCAAAACAGCUGUAUAUUUCUGCUAAACAAGGAGAGCUGCAGAAGGUCCUACUGAUGCUGGUGGAUGGGAUAGACCCUAACUUUCAAAUGGAGAGCCAAAACAAACGCACACCACUCCAUGUAGCAGCUGAAGCGGGUCAUCAGGAAGUCUGCCAUAUGCUGGUGCAGGCUGGUGCAAACCUUGACAUGUGUGAUGAGGACCAGCGGACGCCCCUGAUGGAGGCCUGUGAGAACGAUAAUCUUGACACAGUGCGCUAUCUUCUGAGGGCUGGAGCCAUCGUCUCUAACAAGGAUGUUGAGGGUUCAACAUGUCUCCAUCUUGCUGCUAAGACUGGGCAUUUCAGCAUUGUACAACAUUUGCUGUCUACAGGAAUUGUAGAUAUUAACUGCCAGGAUGAUGGAGGUUGGACAGCCAUGAUUUGGGCCACGGAGUACAAACAUGUGGACCAAGUAAAACUCUUGCUCUCAAAAGGGGCUGAUAUCAACAUACGAGACAAGGAGGGAAAUAUCUGUCUGCACUGGGCGGCAUUCUCUGGGUGUUUGGAGAUAGCUGAGAUCCUCCUGGAUGCAAAGUGUGAUCUCAACGUCAUCAACAUCCACGGAGACUCACCUUUGCACAUAGCAUCACGGGAGAGCCGGCUGGAAUGUGUGAACUUGUUUCUGUCGCGGGGUGCUGACAUAAACUUCGAGAACAAAGAAGGAGAGACCCCCAUGGAUUGCUGCAGCCAGAACUCGAAGGUUUGGAACGCACUUCAAGCCAGCAAAAAGCAGAGAGAAGCUAACAGCAACCAGACUGGCACAGUAGAGAAGCUUCUCAGCAGGGACAUCGCCAGAGGCUACGAGAAAGUCCCCAUCCCGUGUGUGAAUGCAGUGGAUAGCGAACCCUGUCCUGACAACUACAAAUACGUCCCCGAUAGCUGUGUGACGUCCCCCAUGAACAUUGACAAAAAUAUCACCCACUUGCAGUACUGCGUCUGUAAAGAUGAUUGCUCCUCAGCUAGCUGCAUGUGUGGCCAACUCAGCCUGCGUUGCUGGUAUGAUAAAGAGAGCCGUCUGCUGCCUGAGUUCUGUAAUGAGGAGCCACCUCUUAUAUUUGAGUGCAACCAUGCCUGCUCCUGCUGCAGAACCUGCAAGAACCGUGUGGUACAGAACGGACUGAGGAUAAGACUGCAGUUGUUCAGGACGCAGAUGAUGGGAUGGGGUGUCAAGACAUUACAGGAUAUCCCGCAAGGAACAUUUGUUUGCGAAUACGUGGGUGAGAUCAUCUCUGACGCCGAAGCAGAUGUCAGAGAGAAUGACUCCUAUCUUUUCAGUCUGGACAGUAAGAUGGGUGAUAUGUACUGCGUAGAUGCACGUUUCUACGGCAACAUCAGCCGCUUCAUAAACCAUCACUGUGAGCCGAAUCUAUUCCCCUGUCGAGUGUUCACCUCUCACCAGGACCUCAGAUUUCCUCACAUCGCGUUCUUCGCCUGCAAGAACAUCAGUGCCGGAGACGAACUUGGGUUUGAUUACGGUGAUCACUUCUGGGAUGUAAAAGGGAAGCUGUUUAGCUGCCAGUGUGGCUCGUCCAAAUGCAAGCACUCAGCCGCCACCAUCGCACAGACACAGGCAGACAGUACUCCAGGAGACCAGCAUCCCAGCGUCCUGCCCGAUACCAGCUCAUCCACCCCCUCCAGCCCCAGCUAAACCCAUCUUUCUAGCGUAAAACAUCCGGUUCUCCUUCUUCUACCAGCCUGUCACCUCCCAUCACCAGCACAGGCGCACCUCUGCCAUCUCUAAUCAGCUCCGGUUACCAACACGGGCCACUUGAUGCUACACCCUCAGUGCCAUGUUUAGCUCUGGUGGUCUGAAAGCCUGAUUGGUUGAAGCAGUUUAAGGGUUUAAAGUCUUGAAGGCGAGAGGUGCACAACUGGACUGGUUUUUCAGGUGUUUGGUAUGCACAUUUUGUAUAGGUUUUUUUAUUGUCAGACAGCCCCUUUGGACCAUGUUCUUGUCUGACAUCAUCAAAAGAGCUCAAAAUUGAGUUUUUGUUUUUUAUUAUUGUGAGAAUGAACCAGUUUGAACCAAUGAAUGGAUUUUGCAACAGGUUUCUUUUGAAAACGACCUUAUUCUUGUCGCACAGUGUUCUCCUGCCCGACUCGAACUUCUGCGUCAUUUCUUGUCAUCCUUCAUGAACUUUAUUCUUCAAAGUUUUACGUUACCCAGUCAAGGUCAGCAAAAACUGAAUGAUCGAUUCCCAAAUCCCAAAUGAGUUUCAAAUAAUGUUCAUUUAUGCAUCCGUUCGUUUUACUGUACUUCUGAUUUUAGUUUUUGGAACAUCACGGAAUAUGGAGAAAAUUUUGUAAAGGUAUUCAAAGACCAACCUCCCUUUUUUUUUAGUAGCCUUUUCUCAGUCCUUCAGCUGUAUUAACUUGAGAUGAGUUCGUCAUUAGCGCCCGUCGCGCGUGUCCUCUGAUUGGUUCACAGACGCAGGACGUCACGUCAGUGCUACCAAAAUCAUGAAAAGGCCUCUGAACAGGACAUUUUUGGCCUAUAUAUUCAGCCCAGAGUAUAAAUGCGUUUUAAUGGCGAUUCACCAUUAGAAGUGCAAAUGAAUCCUGGACGAGUCUCAAAACAAGCCCUAUGGGUUAUUUCCUGCAUGUUACAGGCCUGGAUUGACACAGCUGUUGAUAAAUGCAUAUUACUUGCACCCCCAUCAAUGCAAAUGAAAACUGUAAAAUAUCUCUGUAUGUACUUUCGGUCACAAUGAUGGAACCUUUCAGCAUGCUUUCGAGACACGUGCUCUAGGAAUAGGACUGGAACGAAUGAAAUGCGGUUGGGUAUAGAAAAACGCAAAUGGUGCUGAAAAGGGUUUUUGUUAUGUUUAUUUUUUUAUUACUCACUAAGUGAAUACAAGUUGUAAAAUACGAUGAAGAAGCAAGUGUUUCUUUUUUUUUUUUUUUUUUUUCAUCUGUAUUUUUUUAUUUGGCCUCUAAGCUGUAGUUUGACAAAAUUAGCCUGUAUCAGUUUUGUCCCAUAAGUUCAUGUCGUUAGUGAAACUAUUACAGUCUUUUUAAGCGUUGAUAGUGUAGUCAUGUCCUUUGUGCAAAUCCAGACAUAGAGAUACAAAACACUGCAAACCGAGGAGGGGAAGAAAACUGUAACAUAUUUCUGGACCGUGAAACAUGAUGCACAAUCUUACUGGUUGUGUUUUUCUUUUUCAAUAAAUUUACUACUAAUAAAAGAGAAACAUCUCUGUCACUAUUAUGCAAAAAUAACGAUGCAAAUCUGAAAUAAACGAUCUCUGCUGUU